AUGCGUCACGAGGCCAUGCCUUCCGAUCUCGCCAUUCUCAGCGCAGAGCAGUAUUUCGACGGUUCUUUCACUGGCGAGGCCGGCAAAGCGAAGAAGCCCUCUACGUCGCAGCCAAAGACCAGUCCGAGGAAGAGAGCCAAGAUAUCUCCCCCGGCCGUUGAGACAGAGUCAGCUGAGGAUGGGGAUGAUGAUGGUGCAAAGAGGGCUAGGGGUAGGCCCAGGCUGGACACAAAGGAUCAGACUGCUGCUGAGACCCUCGAGAGACGUGUUCAGGAGCUCGAGGAGAAUAACGAGGAGUUGAGUGCCGUGUUCCUGAAGCUCCACGAUUCUGCUGUGAACCUAGGUGUGCUAGAGCAGGCCCCUGGUUUUGCCCUUGAACUCCGUGCGGCCACGGAGAAGAUCCUUUCGCUCGCAAGAAAGUCCAGUGAAGAUGACGGGCAGGACGAGCAGGCCGAGAGCUCUGCAGCGGAAAGGCCUGCCGGACAAACACGCACAGAGCACUCGAGCUCUUCAGAUGUAGCCGAAGUACAGCCUACGCGCAACCCAACUGUUCCAAUAUGGGGAGGCUACAUGGUCAACACUGAGCCGCAGGCACCGCCAAGUGGUUCUAUGUCCAUGCCUUCCAGUAACAUGCUGCAAGUGACACAGGCACCGCUUGGUUACGAGAUUGUCACCAUGCCAACCUUCGAAAACGCCAGCUUUCCCUUCGAUCUAAGCCCUGAUUCACCGUAUCCGAACAUCUUCGAUCAGGCCUCGACAUCCUCGUCCUCCUAUCCACUCUCUCCUUACUCUGCGCUGCCGCUUCCGCAGUCAAUGGCCUUCAGCGAGUCCACUCUCGGCCGGCGCCUCCAAAGAAGCGCCGUAGAACUGGCACACAGGCUCAUCACUAUGCCAGACCCACCCAAGCAUAGAUACGCCGAAGUCUUCGGUUUCUGCAUGCUCUUCGAGCCCAUCGACAAGAUCCGCGAACGACUUGCCAAAGCUCUCGAGCGGACUGCCUCCGAGUCCUUGAACUGGUGGCAGGCGCCCUUCUGGGCGGCAGGCGGCUCCGGCCAGCACCAGCUCCAGCUCCAGCAGGGCAACAAUGACCACGGCGGGUCGCCCGUGGGCAACCAGGGCACGACGGACCAUAUGAAGUAUUCCUUCUCCGGCGGGCAGUUCGGCCUGGGGCCGUUUGACGCCAAGGUCGCCGAGACGCGCGACAAGAGGAUCGACCCGCGCAUGAGGAUCCGGCUGCCGGGCUUCGAGGGCGACUUCUACGAUCCGGAGGAGGUCGAGCUGUACCUACAGGCCCGCGGCGUGAUAAUACAGCCCGGGCAGGACUACCUGACGACCGAGGUCGACGUGGCCGCCUUCAGAAACGGCAUGAUAGCAAGGCAGGGCAGCCAGGGCCAAGCGCCAAAGCAGACGACGACUGGGUUCGGGGACUGGCCGCAGACUCUGGACGAGGCGUUUAACACUCCUGCGCCCGCCGGCCCUUCUCCAGGUGCCAGCUCAGGGAUGGCCUCGGCAUCGUCGAGCUCGGAUCCAAGCUCGUGGCCGAUUGCUGACUUUCCUGAGAUGUUCAACCCCGCCGCUGCCGGGGCUGGCAUCUCAGGGCUUGGUGGCAGCGGCCCGGCAGGGCCUGAGAGCAGCAGGAAGAGACUUGUGACUUUGGAUGUGAAUGUCUUUAUACGAGAACUCUCUCAGCGCGGAACUUGCCUUGGGCGAUCACCUGGCUUCCGUCCCAAAGAUGUCGACGCAGCAUUCUGGACAGCAACGAAGACCGACGCAGUACUUGGAUUUUAG